AGCCAUCGUCUGCAGGUUACCUCCUCUAAUAUUUCAAAAAAGGGAAUCAAAAUGAGUCUUACAGCCAAGGACAAAGCCGCGGUCAAGGCCCUCUGGGGCAAGAUCUCAGGAAAGGCCGACGCCAUUGGAGCCGAAGCACUCGGCAGGAUGCUUGUGGUGUAUCCACAAACAAAAACAUACUUCAGCCAUUGGGGAGACCUUAGCCCCGGCUCCGGCCCUGUUGCCAAGCACGGCAGCGUUGUGAUGGGAGCACUGGGUGAUGCUGUCGGCAAAAUAGACGACCUCGUCGGCGGCUUGUCUGCCCUCAGCGACCUGCACGCUUUCAAGUUGCGCGUCGACCCGGGAAACUUCAAGAUUCUUGCCCACAACAUCCUGGUCACUCUCGCCGUGAACUUCCCUGGUGACUUUACAGCUGAAGCGCACGUGGCAGUUGACAAGUUCCUCGCAGCUGUGGCAGCUGCCUUGGCCGACAAAUACAGAUAAAGCCGAGACAUGGUCGAAUGGCAAACUGAACAUUCACUUUGCUGAACAUGUGCUCACGAAACACCAAUAAAAAACGUAUGAGUA